CCUCCCCUAGCUAGACGCUACUCCAAGGCCUCAUCUACGGCACUCUUGGCCGCCGACAGAGGCUUGGAAGAAGUGGGGCAGGUCAUACAAAGAUGUAUCGACCAAUCAGUGGCCCCAGGAACCUUGAAAAUAUACAAACGAGUCAAGGCCCGAUUCCUGGGGUUUGGAAGGUCCCUUAAAAUCCCCGCCUUGCAAACUCCCAAACUCAGGAACAUUUUUAUUGCUCAUCUUAUCCACGAAGGCGAGGAUCGUUCCCUAGGGUAUCACGUUUCCGCCCUGUCCCACUUUUUUGGACCCCUUCCUGAAGACGACGCAGACAUCCCGAAGGCUCUACUGAGAGCGGCCAGCAGGUCUAGGAAGCCUGUCAAGCAUCGCACAAAAGCCUCAAAGGAUGACGUUGAUAAAAUCAUAGAAGUUGGUUUAACGACGGAUUCCCCAGGGCUGAUGUGCGCCGCUACCACUUUCCAAGACUUCACCUACAAAGGGGACGGGGCUUGGGGUAUACUCAUUAAAAGGUCCAAAACAGACCAACAAGGACAAGGGGAAGUAGUGGUGGCCAAAUGGGGACUCCAGGAAACCAAGUUAUGGCAGAUUUUCUGCCGUCUCAAAAGACCACUCCUACCCCAAAAAAUUCUCUUUAGUGGCAAGGUCGGUGAAGCCCCUUCUAGGGACUUUGUAGCCAAAAACAUCACCAAAGUUGCCAAGGCAGCAGGUCUCCAACAUAAAAAGUUGACCUCGCACUCUCUCCGGGGAGGAGCGGCCACCCACGCAAUUAGACAAGGGGUGGAUUCGGGUAAAAUUAUGCUCGCAGGGCGUUGGAAAUCCUUCCAAGGCUUUAAGAGCUAUAUUGAACCCUCUCCACUG